AUGAUAAUUUUUGGAGCAGAUGUUACGCACCCUGAAAACGGAGAAGACACUAGCCCCUCAAUAGCAGCUGUUGUAACAUCCCCAGAUUGGCCUGAAGUGACAAAAUAUGCUGGCUUAGUGUGUGCUCAAGCUCACAGACAGGAACUUAUACAAGAUUUAUAUAAAACAUGGCAUGAUCCUGUUCGCGGCACUGUUAGUGGCGGCAUGAUAAGGGAUGGUGUAAGUGAAGGACAAUUUUACCAAGUUUUACUUUACGAGUUGGAUGCAAUCCGGAAGGCAUGUGCUUCCUUAGAACCAAACUAUCAGCCUCCAGUAACUUUCAUCAUUGUACAAAAACGACACCAUACUCGGUUAUUUCCAAACAACCAUAGGGACAGGAAUAACACAGAUAAGAGUAGAAAUAUAUUGCCUGGUAAGCUCCGCAUUCCUAAAAUGCAUUUGUGCAUAAGUUAG